AUGUGGAAAGCAUUGGUAAUUGCUGUGUGUCUGCUUGUGGCUAGGGUUGGGGCUCAGCCUAUGGAGGAUCCAACGUAUAGGGUGAAGCUCUGUGGCCGAGAGUUUAUUCGAGCAGUCAUCUUCACUUGCGGAGGUUCACGUUGGAAACGGUUGCUUAGAAGUCAAGAUGUUUCAGAAGACCCAUUCACUUCCCAUCAGGAUAAGUCUUCUGAGGGCUUGGCCUCCAACUUUGCAAUUGAAAGCCUCCUUCAAAGAAGUCAAGACCUUAGCUUUACACCCAAAAACAACCCUGAAGGAGCGUUCAGCAGGUCCACCCGGUCGUUCAUCACCGAUGAAAUUCUGGAAGCUCUGCGGAAAGCCGACCGCAAAGGCCGGGACGUCGUGGUGGGUCUGUCCAAUGCCUGCUGCAAGUGGGGCUGCAGCAAAAGCGAGAUCAGCUCCCUUUGCUGAGGGUUGAUGAAUGCCAUGUGAAUGCAUGUGGUGGCAAAUGUUGUUUUUACACCAUCCCACAAAUAUGCAUGCAUACACACAGAAAUAUGUUCAUUUAAUUUAACGUGUUUGUCAAG